AGGCGCAGCCGCUGGUCCUGUCGCUGGGCGCGUCCUUCUGCGGCGGCCACGUGGUGGUGCCCAGCCCCAGCGUGGACGCCGUCCUGCAGCCCGAGGGCGGCUUCGAGGAGCGCGAGGCGGCGGGGCUGGCCCCAGACCGGCACAUCUUCGUGUACUGGUUCGGGUCUGGCGACAAGACCUGGCGGCGGGAGGUCUUGGACCAGAUCGCGGCCUACCGCGCGGCGCCUGGCGCGAGGGACGUCAGCGUGCACGAGAUCGGCAGCGACUACGAGGCGCGCGACGUGUGGCAGACGGACGCCACCUCGCCGGCCCUGGUGCUGGAGGAGAUGUUCCGCUCCGUCUUCUGCCCGGUGGUCCAGGGCGACGUGCCGCACCAGAAGCGGCUGUUCGACGCGAUGCUCACCGGCUGCAUCCCGGUGGUGAUUGCCGCACGGGCCGUCCCAAGCGUGCAGCGCCCCCAGGGGGGGGCGGGGUGUGAGAGGCGGUGCGGUGGGGCACCCGCUCCCGCGCGGCAUCCUUGCGCAUCCAAGGGGCGGAG